UUCCAAUGGUGUUUUCCAUCUCUUCUAAAGUAUCUCUGAUCAUGCACCUCUAGUGGUGAUUUAUCUGAAUCUCAUGAAGUCGGUCAGCGUUUACAAACUGCUGGAUUAGACGAACAGAGGCGCACGAGCGGGAUCUGACAUCGUGCAUCAUGUCACGUCCUAGUAAUGCCUCACCCAAGCCUGCCAUGGGCAAAUCAAAACACUCUGGUGGUGGGGGGCCCAGGGGGAAAGGGCUGAAAGACAUACGCAUUGACGAAGAAGUUAAGAUUGCUGUGAACAUCUCCCUUGAGAGGUUUCAGUACAGUGAGCAAAAAGAAAUGGAGUUUCCUUCCUCCCUGUCUAGUACUGAGAGAGCCUUCAUCCAUCGCUUUGCACAGUCCCUUGGAUAUAUCUCUAAAAGCAGAGGAAAAGGAUCAAGCCGGACCCUCACUAUCAGAAAGAAGGAUGGCUCGGAGACGGCCCAGUCCAUCAUGACUUUCAACCUUUCCCACAAUUCCAAGCACGCGGUGCGGAGCCUGCUGCAGAGGUUCCCCAUCACCAACAAGGAGCGCACAGACCUACUGCCUCGCACUGAGAGGGGUCUGUCUGUGGCCAUUGAGGCUGAGAGCAGCCGUGACAAGAACAGGACCAGCGGGCGGCUCAACAACGGCAUUCCCCAGGUGCCCCAGAAGAGGGGCCCAUCUGAACUGGACUUCUUCCGCCGCUCGCUUCCUGUGUACGAGCGCCAGGAGGAGAUCGUCCAGGUCAUCAAAGACAACCGUGUUGUCCUAGUGGUGGGGGAGACCGGCUCGGGAAAAACUACACAGAUCCCACAGUUCCUCUUGGACGACUGCAGCCGAAAUGGGAUCCCCUGUCGGAUUUUCUGCACACAGCCCCGGCGUCUGGCAGCCAUCGCUGUGGCAGAGCGGGUUGCUGCGGAGAGAGGGGAGAGCAUCGGUCAGACCAUUGGCUACCAGAUCCGCCUGGAGAGCAGAGUUUCUCCUAAGACGCUGCUGACCUUCUGCACCAGCGGAGUCCUGCUGAGAACACUGAUGGCCGGAGACACCACAAUGUCCACUGUUACUCACGUCAUUGUGGAUGAGGUUCACGAGCGGGACGGUCUGAGUGACUUCCUGCUGACCAAGAUGAGGGACAUGCUCCAGACGAUGCCUAAUCUGAAGCUCAUCCUGUCCAGUGCUGCCCUGGACGUGGAGCUGUUCCUCCGCUACUUUGGCUCCUGUCCUGUCAUCCACAUCAAAGGAAGACCAUUUGAGGUGAAGCAACUUUUCCUGGAAGACAUCUUGAGGACAACAGGCUAUUCAAACAAAGACAUGAGGAAAUACAAAAAGGAGAUCCAGAGGGAGGAAAAGCAACAGACGUCUUUGACAGAGUGGUGUAAGGUGCGUGAGGGCGGCUUCCGCCAGGAGCCCCAGAGGGAGAAGACCACCUCGGCCUCCUGUGUCCUUCAGGAGAACGACCUGCUGGACGACGGAGGGGACAGUGUUUUCAGCCAGCUGAAUGAGAAAGAUGUGGCAUCAUUGGACCCGUGGCUGCUGAAGGAGAUGGAUGCCUGCAUCUCAGACAUCUUCCUCAACCAGGACGCUGACGCCUUCGUCCAGCUCUUCAAUCUCAUCUUGAGUGAGAACGUCAGCGUGGACUACAUGCACAGUGAAACAAGCGCCACUCCACUCAUGGUGGCAGCAGGUCGAGGCUUCCUCAGUCAGAUUGAGCAGCUUUUGAGUAUGGGAGCCAGUGUCAGAAUCAAGGCCUCCAAUGGCUGGACUGCGCUGGACUGGGCCAAGCACUUCCAGCAGGCAGAAGUGGUGGACCUACUAGAAUCCUACCUCUCAUCCCUGGAGGCGGGGAAGCUGGACGAGUGGUCCCUGGUGCAGGCUGCCACCACAGAGAUGAGCCCGGAGGACCAGGAGCUGCUCAAGGAAUACCACCACAGCUUUGACGAUGAGAGGGUGGACCUGGACCUCAUCAUGCACCUGCUGCACAACAUUUGCACCAGCUCAGAAGAUGGUGCGGUUUUGAUCUUCCUCCCCGGAUACGAUGAGAUUGUGGGUCUGAGGGACCGUAUUCUGUACGACGAUAAAAGAUUCACAGACCACUCUCAAAGGUACCAGGUCUUUACACUCCACUCCAACAUGCAGACCUCGGAUCAGAAGAAAGUGCUGAGGAACACUCCUGCUGGAGUCCGGAAAAUAAUUCUCUCCACUAACAUCGCGGAGACAAGUAUCACUGUCAACGAUGUCGUAUUUGUCAUUGAUGCAGGAAAAGUAAAAGAGAAGUCCUUUGAUGCCCUGAACCAUGUGACCAUGCUGAAGAUGGUGUGGAUCUCCAAGGCCAGCUCUCUGCAGAGGAAGGGCAGAGCUGGACGUUGCCGACCAGGGAUCUGCUUCCACCUCUUCAGUCGUCUCCGCUUCAACAACAUGCUGGAGUACCAGGUCCCCCAGCUACUGAGGAUGCCCCUGCAGGAACUAUGUCUCCACACCAAGCUGUUGGCCCCAAUCACCUGUUCCAUCGCUGAAUUCCUGUCCAAAGCACCCGAACCACCUCCCAUCCUCAUUGUCAAAAACGCAGUGCAGAUGCUCAAGACCAUAGACGCCAUGGACCCGUGGGAGGACCUGACGGAGCUGGGCUACCACCUGGCUGACCUGCCUGUGGAGCCCCACCUGGGCAAGAUGGUGCUGUGUGCCGUGGUGCUCAAGUGCCUAGACCCCAUCUUGACCAUCGCCUGCACGCUGGCCCAUCGCGACCCUUUUGUGCUGCCUUCCCAGGCCUCCCAGAAGAGGGCAUCCAUGCUGUGCCGGAAGCGCUUUACUGCAGGGACCUUCAGCGACCAUAUGGCCCUGCUCCGAGCCUUCCAGGCUUGGCAGAAGGCCCGCACCGAUGGCUGGGAAAGGUCCUUCUGUGAGAAGAACUUCCUGUCCCAGGCUACCAUGGAGAUCAUCAUAGGGAUGAGGACCCAGCUGCUAGGACAGCUCCGAGCCAUAGGCUUUGUGCGGGCACGGGGCGGCGGGGACAUCCGUGACGUGAACCUGAACUCUGAGAACUGGUCAGUGGUGAAGGCAGCCCUGGUGGCCGGAAUGUACCCCAACCUGAUCCAUGUGGACCGUGAGAGCUGUUCUCUCUCUGGGGCCAAGGAGAAGAGGGUCCGCUUCCACCCCACCUCCAUCCUCAGCCAGCCACAGCCCCACAAGAAGAUCCCCCCAGCCAAUGGUCAGGUGGCAGCCGUCCAGUCCCUGCCCACCGAUUGGUUGAUCUAUGACGAGAUGACGCGAGCCCAUAGGAUAGCCAGCAUCCGCUGCUGCUCUGUGGUCUCCCCCAUAACCGUAGCCAUCUUCGGGGGCUGUGCCAAACUGCCCAGCACAGCCCUACAAGAACCUGCUGUUCAGAAAGAUGACGUGGUGAAUGAGAGCAGUGACAGUGAGAUGGAGGAUCGCUCUACAGCCAACCUGGCUCAGAUGAAGAUCGACGAGUGGCUCAACUUCAAACUGGACAAAGAGAUGGUGGGUCUGGUGUUCCAGCUGAGGCAGAAGUGGCACGGUUUGUUCCUGAGGAGGAUCCGCUCCCCCUCCAAGCCCUGGUCCCAGCUGGAUGAGGCCACCAUACGGGCCCUGGUGUCGGUGCUGGGGGCUGAGGAUCAGACUGCAGGGCUGCAGCAGCCCACAGGGAUUGGCCAGAGGCCCCGGCCCAUGUCCUCUGAGGAGCCCCCCCAGACCUCCUCCUGGAGGAACGCCAACAGCAGGAGAACCUCCGGCCCCACAGCCAGCCCUGACAUCCCGGAGCUCCCUGACGAACCCCUCAUCCCCACCCCCUCACACACAGCCACAGACAGGUCCUCCAGACUCUCCCCUGCCUCCAGACUGUCCCCUGCCUCGGCCCUCCUGCACCCCAAAGCCCCCCAUGGCAGCAGGGACAAGGGCUCCAGGCGCCCCACAGACGACCACUCCUCCACCCCCAAGUCUCCUGAAUCGGCUUCACUAGGCUUCCCCAGCCCCUGUCCCAGCCCCUCCCCCACCUCAUCAGGAAAGUGCUCCAAGUCUCCGUCCCCGAGGCCAGGUGUUGCACCGGUGCGUUACUUCAUCAUGAAGAGCAGCAACCUGAGGAACCUUGACAUCUCCCAGCAGAAAGGCAUCUGGUCCACCACGCCCAGCAACGAGCUCAAACUCAACAGAGCCUUCCUGGAGAGCAGCCUGGUCUUCCUGGUCUUCUCUGUGCAGGGCUCUGGACACUUCCAGGGCUAUGCACGGAUGACGUCGGUCAUUGGACAGGAGCGCUGUCAGGACUGGGGCUCCACAGGGCUGGGGGGGGUCUUCAGUGUGGAGUGGACCAGGAAGGAGAGCCUGCCCUUCCAGUGUACCCACCAGCUGCUCAACCCCUGGAACGACAACAAGAAGGUGCAGAUCAGCAGAGACGGACAGGAGUUGGAGCCCCAGGCUGGAGGCCAGCUGCUGCAGCUGUGGGAGAGACUCUCAGGGAAACCACAGCAACCACAACAGCAACACGAGCCAUGAGAGAUUGCACUGACCUUCAGGACCUCACCACUUGACUUGGCUAUGUGUCAUUAUAACAGAUCGAAGACAGCAUUAUAACAGAUCGAGGGCUAGUUUUAUUCCUAAAUGUGUUUUGAACCACCUCCACACACACUUCUUUGUCAGUGGUCCACAAUCAGUUACCCAAUGUGUUUGUAUUUGGCAAAAAAAAUUGAUUGAUUUGUAACUGGGAUUCAUGUUCUGAAGUUGUUAACCUUUUCAGAUGCUAUAAUGUUUUGUUCAAGAAUAUCUAAGUGCAGAAAGCUGUGUUAACAUGAAGUGACCUCACGAGAAAAGUUAUUUGUUUUUAAUUUUAAUUUUCCUGGUGUUUUUUGAAGCAAAUUAUAACUAUGAUGACAAGACUGACAUCUACUCUAAUUCCCAGUGACAUAUAAGGGACUACAGUGAAAUGUAAUGAUGAUUGGGACAUUCAGUGAGGAAUCGUGUUUUUUUUUUUCCCCCAAUGCUUCUCACAGCACAUAUGAGUUGCAUGUACCAUAGCACUCCAUGGCACACAAUGUGUUGAAUGUUAUUUGUUAACAUGUUUGAAUGUGUGUCACUGCACAAGGUCGCUCAGACUGGAGCAACCGAAACCAUAGCAACCAUAAUGUAACCUUGUACUGUAGCUAAGCUGUGCCUGGUGAGACCUUACUAGAGGUCAUGUCUUUCUCUGUCAAUGACCAAAAUGUUUGUUUUUAUUCAUUUCAAUGGAUUUAUGGAUAAAAGAAUUGCUUUUAUCCAGUUUUUGGAUACAAAAUGUUCUGAGCGUUUCAAUUUUUUUUUAUCUCUGUUCAUUUUAGCCCUGGUAAAGCAGGGGGUUACAUAUUACGAUUGACUGACAAGUCUGUGUUCGUUUAGAUUUUUUUUAUGGUUGUAUUAUUGAAGUAAGAAAUAGAUAUAAAGAAUUUUUAUCAAUA